UGGGGUGUGAGAGCAAAGCGCGGUCGACUGGCGGCGGCCGAGGCACUUCCCUUCUUCGCCGCCGGACCUGCGAGACUGCCGGGAAAGGCGGAGAAGACGAAAGGGCUAUUAUCAUGAUGCGGCUCCGCAGCCCUGCGCUGCUGAGGGACCUGCUCUGGCUCAGCCAGACCGGCACCGGCGCGCUCAGCUGUUGCCAUCGCUCGGCGCUGAGAUGGCUCCAUCCCGCUUGGGCCGGCGUGGCCGGUGGCCGCUUGCCUUUGCGGCUCAUGCCCGGCGCUGCCGCCACCGCCGCCACCCGUUCCUUGUGCACCAGCUCCGAGGGCAUCUUGCAGCAGACUGGCAAGGGCCCUCCUGCCCAGCAACCGCCGGCACCCACGACAUCCGCCGAGAUGCCCGCCUCGCCCCCCGGCCAGAACAGCCACAACGCGGCCGCAAGCAAGGAAGCAGGCGUCUUGGGGGAAAAUAAAGGAGGUUUGUUGCCUAGCUUGGAAGAUUUGCUCUUCUAUACUAUUGCAGAAGGACAAGAAAAAAUACCAGUUCAUAAGUUCAUCACAGCUUUAAAAUCUACAGGUUUACGAACAGCUGAUCCGAGACUGAAAGAAUGCAUGGAUAUGUUAAGAUUGACACUUCAGACAACAUCAGAUGGUGUCAUGCUAGAUAAAGAACUCUUUAAAAAAUGUGUCCAAAGCAACAUUGUAUUACUAACUCAGGCUUUCAGGCGAAAAUUUGUCAUUCCUGAUUUUAUGUCAUUUGCCUCUCACAUUGAUGAGUUAUAUGAAAAUGCUAAAAAACAGUCAGGAGGGAAGGUUGCGGACUAUAUCCCACAACUGGCUAAAUUCAGUCCUGACUUAUGGGCAGUAUCUGUUUGCACAGUCGAUGGGCAGAGGCAUUCCAUUGGAGAUACCAAAGUUCCAUUUUGUCUUCAGUCCUGUGUAAAGCCUUUGAAGUAUGCUAUUGCUGUUAAUGAUCUUGGCACUGAUUAUGUACACAAAUAUGUUGGUAAAGAACCUAGUGGAUUAAGAUUCAACAAACUGUUCCUCAAUGAAGAUGACAAACCUCAUAAUCCUAUGGUGAAUGCUGGAGCAAUUGUGAUCACCUCUUUGAUCAAGCAAGGAGUAAAUAAUGCUGAGAAGUUUGACUAUGUGAUGCAGUUCAUGAAUAAAAUGGCUGGAAAUGAAUAUGUCGGUUUCAGUAAUGCCACAUUCCAGUCUGAAAGAGAGAGUGGAGACAGAAACUUUGCAAUAGGCUAUUAUCUGAAAGAGAAAAAGUGUUUUCCAGAGGGCACGGAUAUGGUUGGCAUAUUGGACUUCUAUUUCCAGCUGUGCUCCAUAGAAGUGACAUGUGAAUCUGCUAGUGUCAUGGCAGCCACCCUUGCCAAUGGCGGGUUUUGCCCCAUCACUGGUGAGAGAGUCCUAAGUCCUGAAGCAGUUCGGAACACUUUAAGUUUGAUGCAUUCAUGUGGCAUGUAUGACUUCUCGGGACAGUUUGCCUUCCAUGUGGGUCUUCCUGCAAAAUCUGGAGUUGCUGGUGGCAUUCUCUUGGUUGUUCCUAACGUUAUGGGCAUGAUGUGCUGGUCACCUCCACUAGACAAGAUGGGCAACAGCGUUAAGGGGAUACACUUUUGUCAUGAACUGGUUUCUUUAUGCAACUUUCAUAAUUAUGAUAACCUGAGGCAUUUUGCAAAGAAGCUUGAUCCUCGGAGAGAAGGUGGUGAUCAACGACAUUCCUUUGGACCACUGGACUAUGAGAGUCUUCAGCACGAACUUGCAUUAAAAGAGACUGUGUGGAAAAAAGUGUCACCCGAAUCAAACGAGGACAUCUCCACAACUGUAGUGUAUAGAAUGGAAGGUCUGGGAGAACAAAACUAGUGCACUGGGCUCUAGUUUCAGAGAGUUUGAAUUCAUUUUUAAACACACUCCAGUUUGUCUAGAUUACACUCUGGUUUGUCUAGAUUUUAGAUUUAUUAUUUUGACUUCAGGGGUUGUAAAUAUACUUGAGACACCCCAAAUUGGUAUACCAAUCAUUUUAUAUUGAUUGCUUUAAUAAUUUUUUUUCACAAAGCAGUUUGAAACAAAACUGAAUGUGUGCUAUUUAAACUUGUGUCAUACUUAAGGAAUGAAUUGUAAAAUGGGAAUUUUAAGGGGUGUUGUAAAAGUGAGAAAUCUUGCAAUGCAAUCAAGAUGCAUUUGUUAACCAAGAACAUGAGAGCCAAGGAUAUAGGAAAAUUUAAGUCCUGGAUCACAAGUAGAUAUUUCUUUUUAUUGUUAAUAUAUUCUAAAAAUUACCUUUUGUCUUUUUCAUGAACAGUGUAAAAACUUGAUCCCAUUUAUUCCAAUUAAGUUCAGUUAAUUUCAGUGUAACUGAAUGUAAAUGAAUUUAACUGUUCAUGUACUGUUUUGCAACACUGACAAAAAAAUUCACAAUUUUUAUAUAAAGCAUAUUGGUAAACUUAUUUAAGCUUGUGUAAAAAUACUAUAUAAGGUAAGAAAGUCAUGUUGGAUUAGACAGAAAUUCUAAUUCUAGGAUUCUGAUUUUUCAAUGGCCACUUGGCAUCCUUUUGCUGUUUUUCCACCAGCAGUUGAUGUUGUAAGUCAUGCUACUUCUGAUAUAGAAGGUAGUGUAUAGCCAUUAGGACUAGCAUCCAGCUGAUAGCCUCAUUCUUCAUGAAUGUUUCUAAUUCAUUUUUAAAACCAUAACAAGUUUAUGACCACCCUUAUAUCUUAAGAAAUAAAUUCCAUGAUACAAGUGCUCUGUGAGGAAUCACUUCCUUGUGUGAUUGGUGAUCUUGGUUUCUGAUAUUAUAAAAAGGAAGAAAUAAAGUUUUUAUUUCACUGAUUUUUAUACCCUCUUUAUUUUUUACACCCUUUUACUUUUCUAAGCUAAAAAAACUUACAUUAAUAUAAUAUUUUAUACAUAUUAGACUAUUUCUUUGUAUAGUAUAUCUAGUAGUGCAUUAGAAAAAUAUACUUUUAUUGAGCCUUCAGUUUCUGAAAAGAAUGAUUGUUUGAUUUGUUUAGGCAUCAAAAAUCAGGUACAAAGUCUAGUUUCCACUACUCAGUCAUUUGUGAUUUCAGUAGCCUACAACCCUAGAAAAUUAGCACCCAACUAUAGAUGAGGUAUGGAUAUGCUCAGGAUCCACUGCCAAAAAACUCAAUUUAUUUAUUAAAUUUAUAUGCUAACCAUCUCUUCAUGGGACAGAAUUUUAAUACAGUUGCUUCUCUGUUAGAAGCCUAUUGUGCUGUUGAAGGAUAGGUUUCCUCUGUCAGCCAAGCAAAAUAUGAAUUACUGUGUCAAACUUUAAUUUCAGCACAAUUUGAGGGAAGAAUCAUAAAUUCAAUAGGCUAGAAAAGAGAUUUCCCUCUCUCCCUACCACUUCCUAGCAUUUUUCUGCAAAUGCAGGGAUUGAUUUUUUUCUUUUUUUGCAUAAACUGAAUAUUAAUGCAUUUGGUUAUGACAGAGUUGACCAGCUGGCUUGUCACUUGAUCCUAAUGUGGACUGAGAGAGAAUGAAUGGCUCAAGCUCAUACAGCCUUAUGUUUUAAUGCCUAAGCCAGGAUUAGCACUCAUAGUCCCCUGGUUUCCAGCCUGGUGCUUUAACCACUAGUUCAAACUGGAUAUAUUUUGGUCAGAAAACAAGUUACGCUCAAUAUAGAUAAUGCUGUGUUAUAUGGACCAACAGUCUUGAUAUGAGUAAAUAUUCAAUAUACUCAUAUAAUAAAUGGUACCUAUUCUCAUAUCAGGUUCUUUCUGUAUUUUCUGACAAGGCUUUUAUUCAACAAUAUUUUCUUCUGCAAAUGAAAACUUGUACUCAAACUCAGUAUUAUUAUUGGCUUUACAAAAUCAACAUGGCUAUGGCAUUGGUGGCCUUUUCUUAUUUAGACUACUAAAUAUCUCAGAAAAAUUCUAGGAAGAAAAAUAAUAUUAGCAUGUUCUAACCCAGGAGUGGGGAAUCUGUGAACCCUUUAGGUGUUGCUGAAUUAUAACUUCAACAUACCUUACAAUGAGUAAUGCUGCCUUUGUUUGGGGGAAUUGUAAACCAGUAAUUUGGAGGCAGCAAAGUUUCUCUAUUCAUAGCAUGAUAGAUUUGGAAGGGAUGAGAAGGAUCCUGUAGUACAGUCUCUACAGUUGCAGCUCCAAGAUCCUUGAGCGAGAGCUGUCUGACUAAGAGCUCAUAACCUUCAUAGGCAAACUAUUCCAUUAUUGUACAAAUUUUAUUUUCAGGAAUUUUUCCCUUACAUUUAAAUAACAGUUGGAAGUGCAACUUCUAUCUAGUCCUGAUUUUUGUGGCAGUGGACCAUCUUCCCUAAAGCAAUCUAGAAUCCUCUUUUUUGAGUCUGCCCUAAUAGGAAUGCCCUCCAUUCCUUGCAUUGUAUCUUUUGUUUUUCUCCUCUUAACAUGUUUGAACCUCUCAAUAUCCUGGAAAUAGGAUGCCCAGAUUUGUGCACAGUAGUCAGAUUGGUUUCGUACCAUUGCAGAGUAGAGGAGAUUAAGGAUGUCAUGUGCCUUGGGUACAGUGCUUCUUCUAAUAUACCCAGACAUACCUUGGCCUUAGUAACAACUGUUUCACAUUGUUGUCUCAUGUUCAUCCUGUUUUCAGUUACCAUCCCUAAGCCCUUUUUGAUGGGAUUUUUCCCCAUUGUAUAUAUAUGCUCUGCAUUUUUAUUCCCCAAAUAUAAUAACCUACAUUUUUCACUAUUGAAGGGUAUUUUGUUCAUUUCAGCCCAGUCCUCCAGCCUUUUGCAAUCUCCUUCUCUCAUCCUGGGUGGUGGCCAUUUUGUGUCAUCUGGAAAUUUGAUCUACAUGAGGAAAGUUUGGUCAAUACCAGCACUAGAAUGUGCUCUUGAAGCACUGAGGAAUAUAGGAAACAAAACCGCAGUGCUAAAUUACGUUUAAAGAAGUUACGAUUUAUCAAUCUCUACAAUUCGUGCUCUUAGAAAAGUAUCCAUAUUAUAAUGACUGUAAUGUCCAGAUUAUCAUGUUAUUGGAUUGCAAGUGAUCCAGACAGAUUGAUAAAGGUGAAGUUGAUCUGAUUGGUUGAUUUUGAAUGGUGUCUUCAUACUAGUAAAACUGCUUUUAAACAGAAUCAAGCUUAUACUGACAUAUUGCUGCCCCCAUAAAAUUUUUAACUUGGUUUUUUAUUUUGGCUAUGGUAAAAUAAUUUAUGAGUCCUUGUUAUAAAAGGCAUGGUAAUUGGAGGGGUGGGUUAUUUUUAGCAUCAAACUAUCAAAAUGCUAUUUAUGGUCCAAGGCCAAAACCAGGAAACAAAUUAACAAUACAAUAUAGUAAGAGGGAAUUUUAAAAAGGGAGAAAACAGCCAAGAAUUAAUAAAAUGUGGACAUUACAUUGGACUAAGAUGGGCAAAUGAUUGGGCCAUCUGAUGUUACUAAAAUUCUGUCCUCAUAGUGCUUACUGUAAAUGACCUGGCUAAAAGUGACCAAUGAUGGGAAUGGUGAUAAAUAAGUUCUGGUUUUUUUGAAAUGAGAAAACCUGUCUGAGUUUAAAGUUAAAGUACUCCAUUUUAAGCUUGAAAUACUUCCUAUUAAAACAGUCCAUUUCAAACUUGAUAUGGGGUGUUUUGAAUUCAGAGGAGUUCAGAUUUGAAACAUUUUACAUCUUUCAGUUUAGAGUCUUCUAAAUUAUACCCACCAGAGAAAUGACUACAUUCCAGGAGAAAUCAACAUUAAGGGCAAGGCCUCAAAAAUUGACAGAAUAUUAUUGUAUUUAAUCUGUAAUUAGUAGUUUAGUACAUAUGUGUUCAUAGCAGAAUUAGUUGUUCAUAGUCAAGCAUUUAUCUUGUAUUCACCACUGUGCCCUUUGACAUACUUAAGUAAUGUUUCAUUAAAAAAUACAAUGUAUUUAAACUUUGUUUGAUCAACUUUCUAUGAUUUUUACCUCAGUUUAAAUGAUUUGUUAUGUGUUCCCAUUUUUCAUUUAAAUUGUAUGUUAUUUAUGUACUUUGAGCCCAUACGCUUUGUAUUAUAAUAAAUUUUUAUUUUAAGCAGAU